UUCGGUAUGUCCAAUCCAACGGCUCAACACCGUGAACCUGACCGCUGGACACAACAGCGGGGGCGUGCGGCAAUGAGUGGCCACCAGCGCAAGCUCGUAGCGGAUCGAACUCCAGCAGCUCCGCGCGCUCCGCUCCUGGCGCAGUCGGCGACCCAGUCCCCACCGCGAGCCCGUCCCGCGCCCGUCUCGCGCCCAUGGACGCGACCAGGCUGGCGCAGGUGCCACAGUUACUGCAGGUGCCGCAGCCGGCGGCGCCACAGCGAACCAGCCGCGCCUGGCAGGGCGACUCUUACGAGCUGCAAUGGCUGGGCGCGCAGCGCGUCAGGUCCUCGCCCAGCUUCCCUCCACCCGCGGCCGUGGCUCCCCUGCCGCAGGCCCCGGAGGAGGCCGCCAAGCCUGUCAAGGCCACCGCCGACCAAGGGGGGCGCGACGUCGCCGAAAACCACGACGAUCUUUUCGGCGGCAACGGGAUGUACGAGGACUUGAGGCCGCUCGCGCUGGGGCUGGCCGUGUGUGGGCUGCUGCCCGUCGCCUUCAGGCCUGAGCGCUUCUCCUUCCACCCGGGCCGCUCCACGCUGCUGUACUCGCUGGCCGUGACGCUGGCCAUCUGCUGGUCGGGCUGGCGGCUCGUCACGGACCGCUUGGAGCUGCUGGAGACACGGCAGCGCGUCAGCCUCAACACCCGCUUCACCUCGGUGGUGAGCUUCGGCUCCAUGACGGGGCUCUGCAUGACGCCGCUGCUGUGGUUCGAGGCGCGGCACGUUCGACGGCACCAGCCCGCCGCCGCCGAGCUCAUGGACUCCUUUGGCGCCACCUUCCGUCGGUCGCCGCGGCGCUGGGCGCGCACUCUGUCCUGGAGCGCUGUGGUGCUGCUCGCCGUGUUCGUGCCCGCCUGCGAGGCCAUGUGGAUCUACCUGCUCGCGGCCGAGGGCGGCCACUGGACGCACAUCUUCGCGCACAACCAGGUGCUCGUCGUGCCCAUCAUAGUGUCGUGCCUCGUGGCCGGCAGCGCCUACUGCGUCAAGCGCUUCGCCGACGCGCUGCGGACCACGAUGUCCAAGGAGCUGAGGCGGCCCUGGCUGGUGGCGUCGCGGGUGGACGCCUACCGCCGGGCCUGGCUGCAGCUGCGGGACCUGACGGAGCGCCUGGUGCGCACGCCGCUCACGGCCAUCGCCAUGCUGCUGCACAUGCUGCUCAUGUCCACGCUCGCCGUGUACCAGGCGCUCAUCGGGCUGCUCGAGGGCGAGGUCACCCUGGGCGUUAUCGCCCCAUAG